CAAACAGACUCACCCCCGUCAAGAUCAGCGAACUCCUACUAGUCAACGUUAUCAUCACCGUCAGGCUUCUUAGAGACGAUGAACCCUAGCUUGAAUAAGAUAGUAGCCCGAUCUAUUUCUUACCAAGUCCAAGUCGGCGGGCCCGCAUUUGAAAAAUAGUACUACCCAACACAAUGGCGGCUACCUUCCUCAUUCUUUCAGAUACGCACGACGAUGCCUUCCCCGACCCAGCGUCGCUCCCCGGCAAGGUCGACGUCGUGCUCCACUACGGGGACCUCACCAUGAUCGGAGGCCUGAGCAACUAUAAGAAAUCCAUCGCCAAUAGCCGCCUAGAUUUGGCGCCUGCAUUUGGCGCAUCGGGCGUUCUCACCACGCCAUACAUCAUCCCCAACCCCCAACAUACUUCCCAGGCGUCAGACAAUUGAUGAGCACUUUGAAAUCAGUGAAACCGGCAGAUUGUCGAACCA